AUGAGCUCAAAAGUCUUUAAUAUAAAUGAUUUUAACAAAGAUACUAUCUUAAUGAAAACGAAAAAAUUAAAAAAAUUAUGCAUUAAUAAGGAGAAUGUAAGUAGCUAUCAUAUAAAUGUGUUAAUAGAAAUAUUAGAAUAUUUUUUUGAAAAAUAUGAUGACUGUUUUUUAUCAUCUAUUGUAUGGGAAGUGGUUGAUAAAAUUAUUAUUUUGGAAAAUACUAUUGAGGAAAAAAAAAAAAUUGACGUAGAUUUAGAUACAUCAAAGAGAUUAUGUGAAUUUAUUUUUAGUAAACUAAUUUAUUAUACAAAUUAUGAAAAUGAAAACUUGGCUUAUUUAUUUAGUUUCAAUUGUUUAAGAAGGCAUUUAUGUUCAAUAAUAAGUUCAUUUUUAAAUUUUAAUAGUUCUAGCUUUAGGAGAAAAAUUGAAACUUCAUUUACAGAAGAAUUAAUAGAUUUAAUCAGACGAAUAUUUGAAAAAAUAAAAAUAGAAAAUGAUUUAGAGUUGAAAGUAUCUUAUACAGAGUUUUUAUGGAGAUCAUUUAGGAGGGUAGAUUUAAGCUCAUUUAAUAUGGAGGAUUUUCAUAUAAAUAAAGAAACAAUAGAGAAAUUAAAAAAUUUUAAAAUUUUAAAAUUCGAUGAAGAAUGUAUAAAUUGGUUGAUGGAAGAAAAUUUUAUAGAUAACAAAUGUAUCAUUGAGAAAGGGUCAUUUAUGAUAACUGCUAAUAAAAAUUAUGUAACUAAAGAUUUUAUAUGGUGUUAUAUAGGAAGAUGUUCUAUAUUUAUAUACUAUGAUAAUGAGGAAGAAAAUGAAAAAUACAAAAUAGAAGUUCCUUAUUAUCAUAUAACAUCAAUAUGUUUUAAAAAUAAAAAUUUGUUUACAAUGGAAUGUAAAUCUAUAGUUGAUCAGACAAAUAUUUUUUGCCUCUGGGGUGAUGAUAUAAGAAGUUCAAUUGACUAUGAAAUAAUAAAUAAGUUCACAUUGUCUCUUGAAAUUAAAAAAGUUUCAAAAGAAGUAAAAAAGGAGUUAAAUAAUCUAUUAGAUAAAAUAAAUAAAAAAUUAGAAACUAAAGAAAAUAAAGAUGAAAAGAUAUGUUCUCAAAUCUAUACUUAUAAUAGUGGGUACAAAAAUGAAGAUAAAUAUAAGAUGACUAUUACUGAUAAAAAAAAUAUAAAAGAACAAUUUGAUGAAACUUUAUUUUUUUCAAAAGAACCACUUAUUGAUAAGGAAAUUAGAGACAAGCUUUUAAAAAACAACACAGGAAAAAGAAUAGAAACAUUAAAGUAUGAAGAAAAAAAUAAAAAACUUAUAGAAAAGGAUAUAUUAAAAUCUGAAGGGUCAUUAGAAAUAAAAAGUUAUAUAAAAGGAUAUGAAAAUAAAAAUGAUUUUAAAAAAAAGUUGGAGAAUAAUAGUUUGUUGAUUGAUCAUAAUUUUAAAUUAGAUUUAAACAUACCACAAACGAAAUUAGAAAUUCAGAAUGCCUUAGAAAGAGAUAGUGAUACAGAAAUAAUAAUAGAGAAAAUUAUUUCUUGUCAUAAAGAAAAAAAGGAAAAAUUUAAAAUGAAUUUAAAAAAAAGUUUUGCUGAUGCUCUUAGUGAAAUAGACAGCAAAAUUAAAUUAUUAGUAGAGAAACAAAAAAUAAGAAGAGAAGAACUAAACAAGAAAUAUGAAAAAAAAAAAAAAAAUAUUAUUUCAAGUACUGAGAAAGAGAUAAAUAUAUUUACCAAAGAGAUAAACGUUUUAAUGGAAAGUAUAAAAAAAAUUAACGUAAAUAAAAAUGAUAUAAAAAAACUAUAUGAAGAGGGGAAGUCGAUUCUUUCAGCAAGCGAAAUAUUAAAUAAAAGCCAAAUACUUGUCAGGAAAAUAAAAGACAAUUUAGAAAAAAUGAAUACGGAUAUAAUGGAGAAAGAAAAUGAAUAUAAUAAAAGAAAAAAAUUAUGUUUUAAAGCUUUAGUUACAGCUUAUGAAUAA